AUGUCGUCCCUCGCCCGGUUCUGGACGCGUUCCUACGCACCAGACUACGUCGGCUUCGCCCUCCUGCUCGUCGCAUACGCACUGAUCGCCCUCCUCGUCGAGCCCUUCCACCGCCUCUUCUACAUCAACGACCUGGCAAUCUCCUUCCCCCACGCCGAGAGGGAGCGCGUCCCAGUGACCCUGAACAUAGUCUACGCCGCCGCCGUGCCACUGGCAGCCAUCCUCCUGACAAACGCCCUCUCGGGGGCCCCGCGGCACAAGCACCACGUCGCCGUCCUGGGCCUCGCCAUCGCCCUCAUCCUGACGAGCUUCCUGACCGACACCGUCAAGAACACCGUCGGCCGCCCGCGGCCCGACCUCGUCGCGCGGUGCAAACCGGCGCCCGGGACGCCCGAGAACACGCUCGUCGGCGUCGAGGUCUGCACCGAGGCCCGCCACCACGUGCUCCACGACGGCUGGCGCAGCUUCCCCAGCGGCCACAGCAGCUUCAGCUUUGCGGGGCUGGGCUACCUGAGCCUGUUCCUGGCCGGGCAGGUGCGCCUGUUUGUGGUUGGCGGCGCUGGCGGCGGCAGCAGGAAGAAUGGCAGCAACGGGAGGGUGAGGAGCAGCACGGUGGGGGCCGACGGCGGCGACGACGACAACGAGAGGGCGGUGUAUGCCCGCGGCGACCUGGUACGCGCCCUGCUGUGCCUGGGCCCCCUGCUGGGCGCCGCCAUGAUCGCCAUCAGCCGCUGCCAGGACUACCGCCACGACGUGUACGACGUGUGCACCGGCGCGCUGCUGGGCUACGUCGUCGCCUACUGGAGCUACAGGCGGUACUGGCCGCACCUGAGCAGCCGCCGCUGCCACGAGCCCUACCCGGAUCCCGCGGGGGACGAUGGUGGUGAUGGGCGGGGCGGCGGCCUGCCGCUGUACGGGCGGCUCAGGGACGAGGAGGAGGGUGGUGGCGGCGGCGGCGGUGGCGCGGGCGGGAACAAUCCGAGCUAA